AGAAAUAAAGUCCAUCUAGCAGGCCAACUCCCUGUAACAUAAAAGAGAUAUUUCGUUAUUUCCUUCGUACUCGUUGUAAAGGCUGUCACUACUGAUUCGAUUGUAAUCUAAUUUUGACGGCGCGACCACCAGUAGGACACACGCUUAGCGUUCACAGGCGUUGUAUUCGGUUUCGGGGAACUCAAUACAAUAGAGUUGCAGAAGUUGUUGUAGUAUUGAAAGACAACGAAUAGAAUUGUUUUUAGCUGCGAAGAUACAAAGUCUAAGAAAAUAAGAUCAAUUACUCUUCCAUUUAUACUUUUAUUUAUGAAGAAUCGACCGGGAGCGGAACCGCGCCUCUCCUUUCUGUUCUUCUUGUCUCCACGGCGCUGACUGCAGGAGAAUUCUACGCUGAUUUCGAUUUUUUGUUUACCACAAAAUGCCGUUCCUCUCGUGUGUAUCCUCGGAAAGUGCAGUGUUGUUGCAGCAGCUACUGUCGCGAUUUCGCUUUUGCUUGGCGAUAUGGGCCAGCAGGAGCACACGAACAAGCAUGGUCGUCCCACAAGACGAGAUGUUGACGUCUGAGGCUGACUGCAGUCAGCUUCGUAUGAUUCUUGUUGCGCAUGAUCUGUAUGAUUUCACUGCAAGAGCUCUUGACUAAGCCGUCUUUUGCAAUGUUGUCAUGCUCCUCUUCCCUCUCUAAAACAAAAGCAACAGCUGCCUUUAAAAGGUGUCUGCAAAAAUACAAACUGCAUUUUCCCUGCAUAGCGCCGUGCCUGCUCCGAAAACCCUUUGAGCGUAUUGCAGGACCUGUGGGGUGGCAAGCAAGAUAAACCAGACAAAAAAAAGUAUCGAUUCUGUAAAUUUUUUCAUUUGCUAGCCCCGGUACGAUUCGGUGAAAAUCGAAUACGGAGCUGCAGUUCGUGGCUACCGGUUUUACGUAUUCGUUGGAUUAUUUCGCGAUUUUGUAGAGUUCAAUGUAGUUGUACUUGUACGUACAAAAUGAAGUUUCGUUUUCGCACAUUCAACAGGGCCUCCGCGAGUUCGAAUCUGAACUCGAACAACAGUAAGACCUCCAACGAAACUGGUAACCCUGCUGUACAGCAAAACAAGAGCCACAGCACCUCGAAAAGACGGCUGCAGGACUUCCUACCCCGAGAUGAAGAGGCCUUGAAAGCCUGUGUCGAAGCGUGGACAAGGUACGCGCACCCAAGGGCCAGCGAAUUCUUUGCUACGCAACAUAAGAACACGAUCCCAAUCAAUCUUGCACAUUUCUGCAUUUAUACAAUCAUUUUUUUCAUGCGCGAAAAUCCGUCACAGUCUUAUGCUGCUGCAAUACUACAAAAAUUUUUCUGUCUUGGAAUUUUUUUAUAUCUUAAUGCAAAAUAAUUUGCAAAAGUCUGAAUGUGAUGGUGUUUUUCCCUUGGAUAUUUGCCACACCGGAUUCACUACAGAACGUGCUGGAACACUUGGCGAGAGGUAUAGAGGGAAUAUUUGGUUUGAAAAAACGACAUGUGCAAGACAGGCGAAUCUGUCAUGCGUACUUAAUGAAUACAACUCGAUCCAAAUCCAAAAGGUAUCCACAAAGGCGAUGACCCAGUUUUGGGCGAAGACUCGAAAUGCGUCUAUUGGUACGGGUAUCCUGUGCAAAAGUACCGCACUCGUAUUGCAAUUGUGCAUUACAUACAAAUCUUUUUCUUGAGGUAGAUCAGCAUUACAAAUUUUAUUUCAGAUGCUGAUGAAAUUUGUAAUGCAUUUAUACGAGUACGACACUUUUGCACUGCAUAACGGGGAUGUCACAAAAGAUGAUGCGCAAGCCGCCAUCAAGAUGAUCAAGCCGGGGGAAGCAUAUGAAAGUACUCUUCAAACUACGAACCGCUUCUAGAUCAACUUUUUUAUUGCAUGAUGAUCAUGAUAUUUUUGGCUAUCCCUUCUUAACUCAAAAUAAUUUUUAUUUUGAGUUUGUCAUCCUGCCUUUGGUCCCACCUUCAUCUGCGCUUCAUGAGUGCGACGUUGGGAGGAAUUUUAUCCAACACUAUUUUUUUCCAAUCCUCAAAUCUUUCACGAUUCAAAAAGGUAUCACCUACGUCAACCGAGUUCUUGCUUUCAUUUUUGCGACCGACGAGUCUUUCGAGAACCUGAUGACCCUCCCCAAAGAGCCCUUCAAAAUGUCCUGUGGCGAUCAGCUGUGCGUGAACCUGAGCCACAUCAGCCUCCAGGUGGACGUAUCAAUUGCAAAUGUAUCGUACUACUAAUUUCUGAUGCGGAUUAUAUGCAUAACAAAUAAGCCCCCCAAGAUAAUUCAGCAUGAGAAACUUGAUUCUUCAUGCUGAGAAAAUUUGUAAUGCAACUUGUACAAGUAGAAGUAACGGCGAUACUUUUGCAAUGCAUAGGACGCGACAACCAAUGGCGACCCGACUGUCCCGGCAAAGGUGGCGAGCGGCCACGUGCACUGCCAACCCAUGAACCCCUACCUAGGCACUGCAAAUAUGUUUGCGUCUCAAAGAGUGGAACUUGUCAUGCUAAGGCUGGACUGCUAAAAAUAAAAUCUAUGUCGCAUGAUAGUAGAUCACUUUUGAUCUUCUCUUUGCGAGGCAGUUUCUCAUGUAGAAGAGGCAUGAUCGAGAUCUCAGCACAGAUGAAUCUGUGAUGCUUGGCCUGGUAAUAUGCGAGACCUCAUGAGCCAUCAUGGAAAAUCAGCAUGACAGGUCUUGCAAUCUUCUCCCAGACCCAGAUGGAUAUUUGCACUCGAUAUUACCCGGGUACGAACCAGAUGGGCUACCAGCAGCGGGGCGCGGCGUUGACCGGAUAAAAAGCCGCUUGUUAUGUUCCACAUCUGCGCUGUUGCAAGUACUACUCAGCUACUUACCUCCGCCCCGUGUUACUCUAUUAACUCUAGAAGAAGCAGUGCCACGAAACAGUCGAAGUUUUUUACCGGAGAAGGACCACGAGCUCCGAUUUGAAUAAAGCGAGUACUUCUACACGGGGAAUGAAAGAGCAAAAAACUGGGACCACAGAAGGAGUUUCUUACACGACCACCGCCCGAAGUACAAGUACUUACAACAUACAGCCAGCACUACAAGAUGCUAUCGAGGAAGACGCAGAACUCGUUGUAUUGACUCGCACUGAUAGGAUUCCACCACGCAGGAGACCCUUUGUUUGAUAGGAUGUACUCACUCGAACUGAAGGAGAUCCUUUGUAGUUGAAACUUACACUGUACUUUACUACAAUUACCGUCAAAUGAAGAAAAAAAAAGCGAAAAGCAAAAAGCUCGAUGAAACUUUCGAACUCGAUGUAUACCAAGGAGACAGAUGUAGUUGACGCACUAUUAUAGCUGAACUAAGUUCUUGUGUAGAGGAUCAGGAUUGCACUAAGGGGGCCUGCCAGCAGGAAUAGGCACGACCGAAACGACGCUGUGCAGUAGUCAGAACAUCAUGCCAGCGGGAUGAAUAGUAGGAACACUGCUCGUCCCGUCUGCAGAGCAAGUUCUUGCGGCAGGUAAAGACGAUAAAUAGGUUUUAGGCGACUUCUCGAAGGUUAGGGUAUCUCUUUACAGCACCAGGAAAGCUGCAAUUUUUAGAAGAAGUAUAAUUGUAUGGGCUUCAAUAACGACAACAAAGCUACACGGAUUCAACAUGGUUUUUACUAAUCCCAUCUACGAACAAUCAAGACGACAAACAACCGCCACUAUUUUUGCUGUUGCACCCGCGGUGAUGAGACGCUCCUGCGACGCUUUCAUUUUCCCGUCAUCGCACGGUGCAGCAGUAGGAUUGGUGGUGUGCAGUCGUACUUAGAGACUUACAUAUUGUGUGGAAAACAAGCAAAGACAAAAAAGCUUUCAUUCUCUUCGUGCAGAAAAGGUAUAGUGAUUUUAAGCAUAAAUUCAAAUAUUAUUCUAUGGAGGCACGACACUGCAGAAUGUUGACAAUCUGAGUGGUUUCGGAUGUGAUAGUUUGGCCCCGACAAAGAAGUACAUUAACUAGCGACCAAAAAAAAAAUGUAAUAAAGCGAUACGCGUUUGUUCUUCUUGAUGGAAAAAACAAGCUUUAUUUGCAGCUAGAAGUGUGAUAGUACUACUAAACGAUAAAAAUAGAGUUGGUUGCCCGACGAGGGCUCGUGAUGAUUGUGAAAGGGCGGCAGAUGUAAAUAAUCCUAAUCCAAUUCCAAAAUGUUGAAUAGUAAAUUUUGCGGAAAGUUGUAGAAGAGGACCCCGUAGCGUACCACCUAGUACACUGAGGAAGGUCGAGCUGCUAGAAGAGAACGUCAGAGUCGCUACUCCCGCACUGCAGGAUGAGAUGGUGAGUCGAUGUUUCGCUACUUUUUAUGAAGAAAGGUCCUUGGUAGCUCGACGCCUUUUUAUUUUUAAUGAUGUUUUGGUGCGCGCAGGCGCACAACUUAAAAAAGCAGCCCCAAUAUUUUUGUAGGUAGCAUUAAUUUUCCUAGAAUACUAUGUAAAGCUAAAGGGCGAUCGAUACGCAAGCUGAUAGACAUAGCAAAGACAGCACGCAAAUACAAACAAUUUCCCGCUAGAAAUAAACCUCAGGCCUGCGAUACGGCCUGCAUGCCUGUGAUAUGGCCUGCAAAGAAGCAAAAGACGUACAGUACUCUGUUGUGCAUUUUUUGCUUUCCUCUCAACGUCGUCCUAGAAAGAAAGUUUAACCCCAGUAUAUGGACAACACAACAAGCACGCCUCUCAGUUUGCUUGGAGGGCAGCUGUGGCAGUGUUUGCUUUUAUAGGAUCUGGCGACCAGCACCAGCAGGAAUGAUAACCAAACGUGUCUCCUGCUGAAGGAAAAUCAAGUUCGUUUCAGCAAUGGAUAAAAAUACCGCUACAACUAGAAAUCGUUUUUUUUCACUUAUCUUCUGACUCCUCUCUGAUCUUCAACUUCAGGACGAGGGCUAUGCGCUGCUCGUGUAGAAGAGACCACGCUGGCUGCAGCAUUUUAUCAAAAUUUUUGAAUAAGACCCAACAAGCACUCCUCAAAGCGGUUGUGGAGCACUUUCAGAAGGGUCGAGAGGACUCUGCAUUUGUAGUGCGCUGCUAUGGAGGCAAUAAUUCUUGAUAGGUGGCUUUGCUCGACUGACAGAAGUACAACGCUGCUUUUCAAAGAUUCUAUUGCUCCACGGAUACUUACCACUACAACCACUUCUGUACAAGCUCCUGCAAAUAGUUCUUGAAAGAAAUAUAUUUAUUCUGCGCCUACUUUCUGAUGACAACCGAAGCCAAACCACAGCUGCUUUUUUGUCCCACUACAAACAAGAAUCUUCUUCCCCACUGUUCUUCGUUUUGUAACACUCAUCUUCAUCCCGUGUUGUGCUGUUUUGAUACGAUUUCAUAUCUCAUCGUGUGGUCGAGGUCCUCGACAUCUUUCUGUGUCUUCUUGUUCGUGAACUUUAUUUUUCGCGUACUCUGAAUGAGGAGGUUUUUCUUUGUUUAUCGUUCUUGCACUUGGUUGUACUCUGAACAAUAAAGCGUUAUCGCCAGCCGGACGCAGAC